GUGGUUAAAAAAGAGUCUAAAGUUCACUGUACUGACGUCAGUAAUGUUGAUUGAUAUUCUGCACGUUUGUUUUGAUAAUUUCGAUCAAUAAAUGAAAACGAAGAAAACGUAUGAUGGAAUCAGCAUUACUGUAUAAUUGCUGUCGGAUUUGUUUGAAUGUGGAGAAAACCUUUCUACCGUUGAGCACUGAGGUGGAAUACGAAAGUGUUACGAUCACAUGCAUGGAUAUGUACUGUAGUGUAACUGCAUUGAAUGCACAUGAUAAGACAGUUUCCAACAAACUGUGUAUCAACUGUUUUUCUGAGCUUAACAACUGUUAUCGAUUUAGAAGUAAAGCACUAGAAUCAUUCGAAAAACUUUUGAAAAAUUAUCACAGCCGAAACUCAGUUAAUCCCUCAAUUAACGACCGUGCACCAGUGACAUUUUUAGAUAAAUCGUAUAAAUCCUCAAACGCAAGUGUCGAUGGUAAUGACACUGAAUCUAAAGAAUGCUUCAAUCACAAACAGAAGCUUGGUGUGGACAUUAAAACCGAUGUAACAACCUGUGAAAUAGAAGCACAGAACGAUGAAAUUUCGUUAUGCUUAGAAGAAACUACGGAUAUUUAUGAAGAGGAAUUUUUAGAAAUAGAUUGUGUUGAAACUAUUCAAGAUCAAUAUGCUGAGCCAAUAAAUGACCACAAUCCGAAUGAUAAAGCACAUAGUGAUGAAGAAACAAAUCAAGUCACAAGCCAGCCAUUUAAGUGUGUAGUUUGUUCGAAACAACUGGAGUCUCAAUCAAUUUUGGAUAGUCACUUUGUGGCAGAGCAUUGUCAGCAAGAGCGUAGAGAUGGGAACUUUAUUUGCUUGGUGUGUAAAAAAAGCUUCGGAAUGAGAAAAACGCUGCGGCAACAUUGUCGAAUACACCAGAAGUGUGAUUUGCGAAGGUUUCGAUGCAGUUUUUGUCAUAAAGGAUUCAACUAUGGUCAUCAUUUGAAAAUUCACGAGAGAACCCAUACCAUGGAAAAACCAUUUUCUUGUGGUGCAUGUACAAAGAAAUUUGCUUCGAAGGAUCGACUUAAAAAUCAUGAGUUACAGCACGUUGAAAAUUACAGACACAACUGCGAAUCAUGCAGUAGUUCUUUUCGAAGUAAGAAAGGACUUAGAAUGCACGCCAUUCUCAAGCAUGACAAGGCUGUUAAUAUGUUCGAACCAAUCGAUUGUUCAACCUGUGGAAAAGCAUUGUUUUCACAAUCUGCCGCCAGUGCGCACUUCAAGGGGCCUUGUGGUACGACGUUAACAAAAAUAAAUAAAUUUUGAUGAAGUACCUACGAUUCUCACUAGUGGUUCUGUCCGAUCAUAGCUCCUGUGUCCACUAAAAGAUCAUUUUUUGAGAUACUCUCCUUUCAUUUACUUAAAGUUGAAAAAUUUGAAGUUGGUUUGAAAUGUUCAUUCACAUUCAGGUACUGUUAAUGGAGUGUUUUGUUCAGCAUAAAUGUUUAUACAUUUUAAAUUGUCAAUCCAGUUGAUUUUUAAUAACGUAUUAAAUAUAUGCCUAUUUUGAACCACGUUUCCAUGGUGUCAACUGAUGUCUAAAAAUAAUAUUACCUGAUUCUUCAGUUCAGCUUGAACAUAGCCCAGAAAUUUGACAGAUUUAAUUUUUUUUCUAUAAGCUCGAUUACAACUUUAACGAAACGUUUUUACGCGGAGAUUACGUACCUCAUAAUAAAAAACCCUUCC